AUGUCAAGAGAGGAUGGAAGUCAUGUAUCUAAAUCUUGCAUCAUCUCUCCUAAUGGCGAAUGUUACAGGCUAUGGAUGACAUUCUUGCUACUUCUAGUACUUUACUCUUGUUGGAUCUCGCCCUUUGAAUUCUGUUUCAUCGGAAAAACCCAUUGGCCUCUCACGUUUGCCGACAACGUUGUAAAUGGGUUCUUCGCAGUCGAUAUCUUUCUCACGUUCUUUGUGGCCUAUCGGGAUCCAUCUGGUCUAUUGAUUGAUGAUCAUGGGAAGAUCGUAUGUAAAUACACAAGAUCAUGGCUUGCAUUCGACAUCAUCUCCACCAUUCCUGCUGAACUCAUGAGGAUGAUAACCCCUCCAUUUUUAGAAUCUUACGGUGUCUUACAUAUGCUCCGUUUAUGGCGUAUUCGAAGAGUCAGCGCCAUAUUUGCCAGCUGGGAGAAAAGUCAACAUUUUAACUAUUACAUAGUUAGAUGCAUUAAGCUUUGUUUGGUUUGCAUAUUUUGGAUUCAUUUUGCGGCAUGUAUCAAUUAUUUAUUCGCGGCUCGUAAUCCUGAUCCUUUAAACACAUGGAUCGGUGCGGCCAUAAGUGAUUUUAAACACGAGAGCAUAUGGAUUUGUUAUGUGACGUCCGUUUAUUGGUCCGUCACCACCCUUACGACGGUAGGGUACGGUGACUUACAUGCUAAGAACAUUCGAGAGAUGAUCAUCAACAUUUUCUACAUGCUCUUCAACCUUGGUUUGAUUUCGUAUUUGAUCGGAAACAUGACCGAUUUAGUUGUCCAAGGGACUAGGAAGACUAGGAAAUAUAAGAACAGAAUGCAGGCCGCCUCGCACUUUGCAAAGAGAAACAAACUUUCAGAUUGUCUUCAAGAUCAAAUGCUCGCGCGCUUGUCGGUAAAUUUUAUGGCCAACUCGAAAGAGUUGAAACAAAGGGAUCUGGUUGAUUCCUUCCCUAAAGCCAUAAGAACGAAAAUUUCUGAAUUUCUCUUUUCGUCCUCUAUAAAGAAAGUCUACUUGUUUAGUGGGGUGUCCGACAUCUUGCUAUUUCAAAUGAUAUCUGAUAUGAAAUUAGAGUAUUUUCCACCGGGAGAAGAAGUGAUCUUACAGAACCAGGCUCCCACUGACUUUUACAUACUCAUCGAAGGCUCCGUGGAUAUUGUAUUCACAGAAAACAACAAGGAAAAGGUGGUUGGGACGUUUGAAAAUGCGGGUGAAAUCUGCGGCGAGAUCGGUGUUCUAUGUGAAAGACCACAAGUCUACACGAUUCGAACUAGAGAACUAAGCCAGCUUCUGCGUAUGAACCGAGCCGAUUACAAUACCCUAAUACAAACCAACAGUUCAGACAAAACCAUUAUCAUGGGCAACCUCCAACAAUACCUUAGAGAACAUACUGCAUCCAUGCCAAUGAUGGAAACAGUUUUGUCGGAAAUGUUGGUGAAGAAGGCGGGGGCUAGAAGUGUUGAGAAAUGA